ACACAUCGGUGCGGUGCGGUGCGGUGCGGCGGGCGCGAUGGCGGCGGCGGGGAGCACGAGGGGCGCGAGCCUGGCCGCGGCGGUGCGGGCCGUGGCGGCGACGGCGCGCCCGGCGUCGAGCGCCGCUGCGGCGGCCGGGGUCAGCGUGGCGGCCCUGCUCGUGCAGGGGGACGACACGGCAUUCGGGUCGCUCGAGUGGUGGGCCUACGCCGGCAUCUCCUGCUUCCUGGUGCUCUUCGCCGGGAUCAUGUCGGGCCUCACCCUCGGCCUCAUGUCGCUCGGCCUCGUCGAGCUGGAGAUCCUCCAGCGCAGCGGCACCGACUCCGAGAAGGCGCAGGCUGCUACUAUCCUUCCAGUUGUUCAAAAGCAGCACCAGCUUCUUGUCACCCUGCUACUAUGUAAUGCUGUUGCCAUGGAGGCGCUUCCUAUAUUUCUUGACAGGAUAUUUCAUCCGGUUGUUGCUGUUGUCUUGUCAGUGACAUUUGUUCUUGCUUUUGGAGAGGUUAUACCUCAAGCAAUCUGUACAAGGUAUGGGUUGGCGGUGGGCGCUAACUUUGUAUGGCUUGUACGCAUCCUCAUGAUCCUGUGCUAUCCUAUAUCAUACCCUAUUGGGAAGCUCCUAGACUGCGCUCUUGGGCAUAAUGAAUCUGCACUUUUUAGGCGAGCUCAAUUGAAAGCCCUUGUUUCCAUCCAUAGUAAAGAGGCUGGUAAGGGUGGAGAGCUUACCCACGAUGAAACUACAAUCAUAAGUGGAGCAUUGGACUUGACUGAAAAGACUGCCCAAGAAGCUAUGACACCUAUUGAAUCAACUUUCUCAUUAGAUGUGGACUCCAAGCUGGAUUGGGAAGCAAUUGGUAAAAUUCUUGCCAGGGGCCACAGCCGGGUGCCUGUAUAUUCGGGAAACCCCAGAAAUGUUAUUGGGCUCCUGUUGGUGAAAAGUCUUCUGACAGUUCGUGCUGAAACAGAGACACCAGUUAGUGCAGUUUCCAUUAGAAGGAUUCCAAGGGUUCCUGCGGACAUGCCCCUGUAUGAUAUAUUGAACGAGUUUCAGAAAGGGAGUAGCCAUAUGGCUGCUGUUGUGAAGGCUAAACCCAAGAACCUUCCAGGUCCUGACAAAACUGAACCAAACAGGGAAGUAGAUGGAGAAUCACAGCUGACUGCACCUUUACUCUCCAAUGCUGAAGAAAGGAUGGAAAGUGUGGUUGUUGACAUUGAAGCUCCACAGAGCAGACAGGUCAAUGGAAACAAACCUGUGGCACGGUCUUCAGAGGAUAUAGAGGAAGGCGAGGUCAUUGGUAUCAUCACACUUGAAGACGUAUUUGAAGAACUAUUGCAGGAAGAGAUAGUUGAUGAGACUGAUGAAUAUGUUGAUGUUCAUAAAAGGUAUGUCUCCGUUCAAACUACUUGCUACAAGCUGCAUUCUUCACCUUCUGCUGAGUAUAUCAUAUGCAUAAAAAUGAAUUAUCUCCCUUGCAGAAUCCGUGUAGCUGCUGCUGCUGCCGCAUCAUCCGUUGCAAGGGCUCCGUCAGUUAGGAGAUUAACUGCUCAAAAGGCUUCAGGAGCGCAGAGCCGGCCAGGACAGGCUGGACAGCCUACUGGAAUUUUGAAGAAACCUACUGAUGGUGAUUCAAACCCAUCAAAACAGGUGAACCUUGUUGAACCACUGCUGGAAAAUAGGAGGUAACUUUAGAUGCAUCGCAUAAAUAUAGCGGUGGGACACAUGGGGCAUGUGGAGGAAACAAUUGCCAUUCGUGCAAUAGUCGGUAAGAGUAAAUACGAGUGAGUUCAUUGUAAAUUUCAACAGUAGCAAUUUGAACCUUGCCAUGAACGUGAGCGUUCAGUGUUUUGUUUUGUUUAUGGACUAUGAUAGUGCAUAGCGACUUUGAAUCUGUUGAUCACUGCGGCAUUAGUAACUACUGACAUUUGUGAACCAUAGACUUGAAACUAUUGCAAAUGGUAAUCAGAUUGUACACUGCCCCGUA